AUGGCAUCAGAAGAAAGAACGAGCAGCAAUGAGACGGCUGACGAUCGACAGCACCACUCAUCGAAGAGAUUCACGCUCAGAAACGCUCAACAAUCACGUCGGCGUCUUCUUCGACCUGCGUCUCCACCCGAGGACGGCCGUUUCGAGAUCUACCGUUCAGCGGGUAAUGCUUCGGAGGCGAGUCCAUGGUAUCGCCGUCUCCUCGGAUUACGACUCCUCGUAAGUUGCUGA